AUGGCCAAGUCCACAAUCACAGACUUCAUCUUCUCCUGGACAAGACAGCCUCCGGCUCCAACGCCAAGAGCACGGCAGAAUCUCGACGUGGAUAUACAUCAUGUUGAUAGAGCACUAGCAAAAGCAGGAGGGAUGAUGGUAUGGGGUACCCCUUACAAAAAAAAAGAAUCGGAUCUCACGGUUCUAGUCGGUGAAGAGGAAAAGAAGUUUGAAGUUCACACCCGGUUGUUUGCUGCGAAAUCGAAGUUCUUCAAGGCUGCGUGCUCGACGUCGCAUUUUCGAGAAGGCGUGGAACAUUUGGUCAGAUUACCGGAAAUAGAUGCGGAAAGUAUGAAGAGGAUAGUAGCAUGGUUUUAUGAUUCACGUUUAACUCUACCGACGGAUAUUUUCUCGGAUGAGGGUUAUGAAAUAACUUUGAAUCUACUAAAUGCAGCGGACUUUUUGGAAAUUCCAAUUGUGAUCAGUAUCAUCACGAAGGCAACACAAAACUAUAUUUGGAAAUGCAACAGUUGGAAGGAGGAUGCGGAAGAGGCUGCGGCGGAUGAACAAAAGAAAGUGGAUUUGAUGUGUAGGCUUUACGAAUGUGGUGGAAAAAUCGAUGCGAUACAGUUGAAUGCUUAUUUGAAGAAUUUGAGGGACUCGCAUAAGAUGGGGCUCUUUAUCAAUGCCGUUAAGGAGGUUGAGGAUUGUCAUCCGGGAUUUUUCAAUGAUACCAUGGUAGCUGUCUAUUCGACCGUGUAG